AUGGCCUUGCUAUCCGUGGGCUGGUUCGGCACCAUGAGAUCGCAAGAUCCGAUAGAUUUCGAUCAGAAGUGCGAUGGCUCGCUCCCUCUAGAAGACAUGCUCAAACCUGACCCUGCUCUUCGGAAACUCCUUGAAGAUAUUGAUAGAUCCAAAGCCCGAGUAUGGGGUCUGACCAAUGCAUAUAAGACACACGCGCGGCGCGUCUUGCGCAUACUCGGUGUAGAGGACCAGAUCGAGGGCCUGGUGUAUUGCGAUUAUUCAAACUCAAAUUUCUGCUGCAAACCUGAAGCCGAAUACUAUCAUGCUGCCCUUGAGAAGGCAGGCAUAUCUGACCCUUCCAAAUGCUACUUUGUCGAUGACAGCAUAUCCAAUAUUAAAGCUGCUAAAACACUGGGCUGGGGUAGCUGUGUCCAUUUCUGCGAACACGGAAUGAUGUCUGUGGAAGGAGGCAAGGUCAAGGAGAUCGGGAAAGACAUAAGCGAGGGUUCGGAUGGAAUCGUGGUCAUCUCAAAGCUAGAGGAAUUACGGACUGUCUGGUCAGAGUUAUUCAAAUCUUGA